CUUGAUCUCAAUAUCUCCAUUUGCCAGUCGCCUAUUCGCGGCUCACCCCAGAUCCAUCGGUCUCAACUCAACACCAUUUGUCAUUAUCAGACUCAACUGUGGUACACCUCGCAUGCCAUUCUCCGCCCCCUUUCGGAUGUGGUCUCGUUGAUCACUCACCAUGUCCUCAAGCAAGCUAGAGGAAGCCCAGGAGCCGUUGAUGAAAGAUGGCGAUGAUUCUUAUUCAGAAUCCAGCCAAUCCUAUAAUGACGAUUCCCUGCGUCAGGAACGCCGCCGACGCAUCCUCUCCAAGCUCGGCUCUCUCGUCCGUCCAUCCCAUGCGUACAGACUGAGCAAACGCUUUGCAUAUUGCUUCACUCCUCAGCUACUGCGCUCAUAUCUUUGGGAUGACCGACCGGCAAAGUCCAAGACUUUCAAUACCAGCUAUCUCAAUGGCUUGCGCGGGAUUGCUGCUGUCAAAGUCUUUACCUUUCAUUAUACAUUCGCCUUCCAUGACUUUGGGUUUGCCCCCUGGGGUAUGGACGACAACCAUCGUUACUUCUUGGAACUUCCUAUCAUCCGCUACUUCUAUGCUGGGUUCACUGCCCAUGUCUUCUUCGGCAUCGCAGGCUAUCUAACGACCUUACGUCUGUUUCAGCUCAUCGAUAAGCACGAUCAGGCCUCGCAGGCCAAGGUUCUGCAGACUGUCUCAGGUGCCGUCUUCCGCCGCGGCCUCCGCCUCUAUCUCCCCGUCUUCAUCGUCACUCUCUGCACCACCACAUACAUCCAUCUAGGCUUAUAUGAGGCAAAUCGACCUCUUCUCCGAGAUAGAAAGCUUUUCCCCGGCAUCUGGAACGAGCCCAAGCCCGAAAUGCUUCCAACUAUUUACAAGCAAAUGCGAUUUUGGAUGCAUGAAAUGUUUGACCUCACUCGACUUUUGGAGCCCCGCUCUGUCUAUCCCUGGCACGAUCAGCAUUUGUGGUCCAUUCUGGCCGAGAUGCAAGGCUCACUCCAUCUGUACGCCAUUCUAACCACUACCGCUUUGUGUCGUCGCCCGAUUCGUCUGGCCGUCAUGAUCUUCAUGACAUAUGUAUACUUCACCUGGAACUUGUGGCAAAUAUGGGUCUACAUUUUGGGGGCUAUCGUUGCUCAAGUUGAUAUCUUACUCACCGAGAGAGAAGAGGGGAAAAAACUCGUCUUAACACAGCACUUGCCACCUUCCCCGCCCGGGUCGCCUACUUUUGACGAGAAGAAACCCAUUGGUUGGACUCGCCGCGGACCAUUGUUCGUCCUGUCGCAUCUCAGACUGUAUUCCUUGUUGCGAAUUGUCGGUUUCCUCGUCGCAUUCUAUCUGCUGUCGUAUCCCAUUGACGGCACCGUUCGCCCUGCGCCUGGUUACAUGACAUUGAAUCGUCUAAUUCCAGAAUGGAUGGAGCGCAAGGACAAGUUUUACCCCAAUUUCGGCACAGCACUUCUGAUCCUUCUUCUGGCACGCUCGGAUCCUUCGAAUUCCAUCUGGCACACCAUCUUGAAUAGCUCUAUCCCACAAUAUCUGGGUAAAAUCAGUUUCGGCCUCUACCUGACCCAUGGCCCUCUACUCCACGUUUUUGGCUAUCUCAUACCACAAAGGUUGUGGUGGCUGUGGGGCACCGAAGGACACGAGGCGACGCUUUUUGUGUGGAUAACUGCGAUCUUGAUCGGUUGGUCAAUCAGCAUCGUCGUCUGCCUGUGGGCUGCAGACGUCUGGACUCGAGAGGUUGAAUCACGAAGUGUCAAGUUCGUCAAAGUCUACGAAUCCUGGUGUUUCGCCAAGGCCAAGUGAGAUCACUGAUCAUCAGCCUUCGCAUCUAAACCCAGUCAUCUCUUUUUUAAGCGGCAUAUUGAGCGUUGAGCGUUUGCAAUGACAUUGGAGUUGGAAAAUACCCUGUCUUGCCGGGAAAGAUAACCUGUCCAACAGAUACCCUGUCAUGGUGUUGUUGAUAGACGCAGGAAAUAGAUAUCCACCCCUUGGUAAAUACGAGAAUAGAAUGUAAUUAAAUGA